CUUCUUCUUCUUCUUCUUCUUCUUAACAACUAGGUCGAAUAAUCAGAUCCCCAAAUCAAAAAUAAAACCCUCAAUUUCUAGAUUUGACUCUCGAUGUGAAUCUUCUCCCCAGAUUCCACUUUUUCUCUAUUCCUUUUCACGAAAAGAUUCAUAAAGCUGCAAUCUUUGAUUCAUAUAUUCAGAAAAAAAAUUAAAAAAUGGGUGGGUGUUUUAGCAAGGGCAAAUACUCAAGCCCAGAUGCAAAUGGCUACAGAUCAGCAAACACUGCUUACAAUCAACAAAAUUACGAAAAGCCACAACCCCAAUACACCCCUCAGCCUCCAACCCAACCGGAAAGGCACCACUACAACCCACCCCCGCCGCCGCCACCGAAAACCUCACCCCCACCUCAACCCCAACCCCAACACCCCGUCCAGAAACUAGAGCCCAACAACAUUCUCGGCAAACCCUUUGAAGAUGUGAAGUCGCAUUACACGGUGGGGAAAGAAUUGGGGAGGGGCCAAUUCGGCGUUACGUAUUCGUGCAUCGAAAUCUCCACCGGACACCAUUACGCGUGCAAAUCGAUAUUGAAGCGGAAGCUCGUGAGCAAGAACGAUAAGGACGAUAUGAAGAGGGAGGUUCACAUAAUGCAGCAUUUGAGCGGGCAGCCGAACAUAGUCGAGUUCAAGGGCGCGUACGAGGAUCGGCAGACGGUGCAUUUGGUGAUGGAGCUUUGUCGGGGCGGGGAAUUGUUCGAUAGUAUUAUCGCGCAGGGGCAUUACUCAGAGAGGGCCGCGGCCGAUCUUUGUAGGCAGAUUGUGAACGUCGUUCACCAUUGCCAUUUUAUGGGGGUGAUGCAUAGGGAUCUUAAGCCUGAGAAUUUCUUGCUAUCAAGUAAGGAUGAUAAGUCGAUGUUGAAGGCCACCGAUUUCGGAUUGUCUGUUUUCAUCGAAGAAGGUAAGGUAUACCGCGAUAUAGUUGGGAGUGCGUACUAUGUUGCUCCUGAAGUUUUGAGGCGGAGUUACGGGAAGGAAAUAGAUGUAUGGAGUGCCGGUGUUAUUUUGUACAUCCUUUUGAGUGGUGUGCCUCCGUUUUGGGCUGAAACUGAGAAAGGCAUAUUCGAUGCUAUACUGAAAGAAGAAGUUGACUUUGAUAGUCAACCAUGGCCUUCCAUAUCAAACAGUGCCAAAGAUCUCGUUCAGAAAAUGCUGACUAAGGACCCAAAACGAAGAAUUACUUCUGCACAAGUACUUGAGCACCCUUGGGUUAAGGGACAAGCAUCAGACAAGCCGAUAGAUAGUGCGGUUCUCUCCAGAAUGAAACAAUUCAGAGCAAUGAAUAAGCUCAAGAAACUUGCACUAAAGGUCAUUGCACAAAGUUUAUCAGAAGAAGAAAUUAAGGGUCUUAAAGCAAUGUUUGCGAAUAUGGACACAGAUAAGAGUGGCACGAUCACCUAUGAAGAGUUGAAAUCCGGUCUGGCUAGGCUCGGCUCGAAACUUUCGGAAACCGAAGUAAAACAACUCAUGGAAGCUGCUGAUGUGGAUGGUAAUGGGACAAUCGACUAUAUUGAAUUUAUCACUGCUACAAUGCACAGACAUAAGCUCGAAAAAGACGAGCAUCUGUUUGGUGCGUUUCAGUUUUUUGACAAGGAUAGCAGUGGCUAUAUCACGAGAGAUGAGCUGAAAAGUGCUAUGAAAGAAUACGGUAUGGGCGACGAGGCCACAAUCGAGGAAAUUAUUUCGGAGGUGGAUACUGAUAAUGACGGGAAAAUCAACUACGAGGAGUUUUGUGCUAUGAUGAGAAGCGGAACAACGCAACCAGCAGUGAAGCUCUUCUAGAAGGAUCAAGAAAAUGUUAUUCGAGCGGGAUAUUUUCAGACAAGGGAGAGUUUCUGCGUGAGGAUAAUGAAUAAUCGUAAUCGACUUCUAUUUGUGUUGUGUUUGCAUACUCUGUUUUCCAUUAUUUAUUUAUAUGUUAAUUUGAAACCCCUUCUUCAUUUUGAUUUAUGAAUGUACAAUAGUUUAAUCUUUUUGUAUGAAAUGGAUACUGUGUGAAUAAAUAAUGUUCAAUUUCGAGUGUUUCACA